AUGGAGGAGCCCGCUAAUCAUGUGGCCAAGAAGAAGCCCGCCUUCGCCUUCUGGGAAAGGCAGCGCAAGAGCAGCUCCUCAUCGCUCAACACCGCAGUCACAGCAGCAGCAGCAGCAUCCACAUCACAAGCUCCAGUCGCGUCAGCCUCACCUUCCGCAGCGCGUCGCAUCGAUGCCCUCGAACGAGGCUCAUUGACGCCGCCGUCGUCCACAUCACCGCAGCGCUCGCAACCUUCGCAUCAGAACGCGAGUCCGAGCGGUGCAGCCGGUCUCAGCGGUGUUCAGCGUCUAAUCCAGCAAUACUCGCAGUCUGGCGCCUCUCCGACCGCGGCCACUUCGAACGCAUCCUCUUCUCUGGAUCGUUCCUCCCCGUCCUGGCGUGCCAACGCUUCGCCGCAACGAGUCAGCGGAUCAAAUUCACAUACAGACACAGUCCGCCUCGCGGCUAAGGUAGAAACCGACACAAGCGAUUCUGCAGGUCCCGUUGCGCAACCAGAGCUCGCACGAAAGCCUUCCGCGAGCUCUACCGUCGCAUCCCAAUCGACACGUUCGUCAGCGACGCCCACAUCCCGCCUCUCCACCGAUGCCCUUGCCAAUGAGAUGCUUUCAACGACGACGUCCCCGCCGCCCGCACCAGCGUCAUCAUCCGCGUCCCGGCUCGACGCGUCCAGACCUGCUGUGACGGAAGCGGACACCGGUAGGGCUCGAAGGCGUCAUCGCUUGAUUCAAGAGGAGCUGCGCAAACGCAACUCCAAGAGGCGCAGUGCAGGUGGAAUCGAUAUGGCCGAUUCAUCUUCCCUUCCGUCCGAUGGCUUCGACGAAGAGCAGCUUCAUGACGAUGCGAGCGCACCCGAGACCUCGGCAAGACUCGCGCCGCCUGACACGCAUCCAGUGUCACGCUCUCCCAGUCCGGGCGAGCUCGGUGCCAACUCGGAAACGUACCACGACGCCCAAUCCCAUCUCGCCGCAGCAAUACCAUCCACAGCAGCUGACCGUCCGAUUCCAGCUUCGAGUGGGUCUCUGCAACAACAAAAGCCACGUCCUCCGUCUUUCGAAGAUACUCGACCUUGGCUCGAAUUCAGCCCACUGAUGCCAGAAGAGGAGCUGCCCGACGGUGCUGAUGUCCACCCACCGCCAAGCUUUGCGGCUCUCCAUCAACAACAGGUUGGCACGUCCGACGUCAGCGCGUCCGCCAGCCAGAGCAGCCUCGCAACCGAUUCCAACACGCCCGGAAGCACGCGUCCAUCGCCUUCGCGUUCCACCUCGACAUCCCAAAACUCGAGCGACUCGCCCGUGUCUCCCACCGGACUCGGCUUCUCCACGCCUCCUGGCUACCCGACUCCAGCCUCGUACCUAGCCAUCCACUCUCCCACGCACACAUCACAUGCUCGCUCGCUUCGCGGCUCCAAGCUGCCUCCGCCGCGUCCCUCUCCUCAGGCACCGCUCCCGCCUCCACCUUCGCUCGCUGCCUCGACAGCUCCAGGCGGCGCUCAGGGCGAACCUGCAGCACCCGUGCGAUCGGCGCGCGGUAGUUCGAUGCGUGACGCUGCGAUCGCACCUGUUUUGCACGGAGAAAGCGAUGUAUUUGGUACUGGGCGAUCGCGGUCAGGCAGCUACAGUCUCGAGCAAGAGCUUGCGUCCGCCGACAGCCAGCAUCAGCGCUCCUUGCCUCGUUCUGGAACGGUCACGAGCAAUUCGCAGCCUUCGGCCCCGACCGCUCGAGCAGAUGACGGUCGUCCCGCAUCGUCCUCCACUCUUCCUGUCCCUAUGAUCCGACAGCGAAGCGACUCUCUUCAGCCGCGCGACAGAGACGCUUCGGAAAGCGUCGAUACCACGCCGAAACCUGCUAAGACUUGGCCACCAAGCACCGCGUCUCCGAAUGCAGCCGCAUCCCCCUCUCGCUCCACCGCCAGCAAGCCUCCUGUCACCGGCAGGCCUCGAGGAUUCACUGUCGGCGCCGUGCCUGGCUCGGUAAGUACACUGCGUGGAGGCGCGUCCGCUCAGACGCCGACCAAGUCGAGGCCCAGGUCGCUCUUGUCGAACGAAGUCUUUCCCCUCGAUCUCGCCGAGCCGCGUCGCAAGUCGCGGACCGGAGCAGAAGACAAUGACGAUACUCGCAAGGCCUACAGCAUGGACGUCGACCGCCGCGUAUCCUCCUUGAACACGCACGCUCCCUCUGCAUUCAGAGCGCCGGGUGCGACCGGGGCGGGUCGUGGAUCGUCUUCCGCAUCCAACGCCGAGCGAGACAACGCCGGCAGCAGCGGCGACAGGCUGGCCGUCGAGAACACCGACCGUCGUCCCAGCAUAGGAGGUCGCAGCCGUAGCGGCAGCAGUGCCAGUCUCCUGCAGCAGGUCAACUCGCAGCCCAAGUCACACGCCAGCUUCGUCAUUGCUGUUGUGGGACAUGCUCACUCUGGCAAGUCGACCGUGAUCAAAAAGGGUUUGCGUCAAUUCGGUCUCUCGAAACCGCAUGUCCUUUCCGAGAAGGUGACGUCGCACUCGACUGUCUGCGUGGUCGACCAAGAGCAGCGAACCAUCGAGGUGCUCGAGAUCGAUGCGUCGGUUCUCCUCAACGGACCAAGCAAACGCUUUGCAUGGCCCAAAUUCCUUCCCAACAUCGACGCCGUCAUCCUCUGCUACGAUGCAUCCGAGAUCGCGUCGUUCCGCGGCAUGUCCGAGCUGCUCGAAAACUUCUCGGUGGCCAACCUGAGCACCGUGAUGCUCGCGUGCAAGUCCGAGGUCCACCCUCGCGCCGUCGAUCCGUACUAUGCCAGCGAUAUGGCCUGUAUCUACAACGUCGGUCUCGCCGAGUGCACUGUGCAGAGCGAUGAAGGCAAGAAGCGCAUGCGCGAUUGCUUUUCGUACUUGGUCAAGGAGGUGGCCAAGGCCCGAUCCGGUCGGCCACGCCGUGGUACGAACAGCACUGCGCCUCCCGCUUCUGCCGUGAUGAGCUCACAGAGAUCUCAAUCACCAGGAGCCCCGCAUCCUGGAGCAGUGGUGCAGAGCCGAAGUACUUCCGGCACCUCGCAGGCAAGCUCGCAAGAGAGCCUCCCUCCGUCUAUGCUCGAAUCGAUGUCGACGAGCGGCGAUGCCACCAUGGCUCAAUCCAGCGACUUUGCCUCGCCUGCCACGCCCGUCGACUCGCAUCGUGGGAAGGACUACGGCCAUGCGAGCUCGAGCCACGGCCGUGGACCUGCAUCUGGUAGCGAAGCUUCGACAGACGAGGGUCGCUCAGCGUCCGUUGUCGAGCGAGCCACCGAGGCGAUCAGCAAGCUGGACCUGUCUUCCGAUUCGUCAGCCAUGCUGCCUCAGCCUCACGCUGUGCCAAACGCGAGCUACUUGGCGCGUGGCGGCAACCGCAAGAUGAGCAUCGCCACGGUAGCAUCGGGCAUCUCGGAGACACCCACCUUUCAAUCUGCGGACGAGGAGGCGGCGGCGGCGGCCGACACGAUCCAGCGAGUGCAGGCUGGUCUGCAGAACGCACGUAACAGCGGAGGCUACGUCUCGAUCGACGAGCUGUGGGACAAGCUCUUCCAUGCGGCCAUCUCGAGGACCGAUGAGCGCUUUGUCUCCAUGUUCAUGGUCUUCUACCGAGGUUUUGCGACGCCCAUGGACCUGCUCAAGCAGAUGAUGGCGCGCUUCGACACGCUGACGGAUGAAGAUGUGGCGGAUGGCAUCGUGCAUCGAUUUGCAUUGCUUCGACUCAUCAACAUGCUCGGCGACUGGGUACAAGAUUACCCUGGUGAUCUGAGCCAGCCAGAGGCGCACGCGCUGCUCGUUCAAUUCCAUCGACAGCUGCUGCAGAAUGCGGAUACUGUGCAUACGGCUAUUCAGAUCCAGGCGGCCGUCGAAGCGACGGCGAAUGCGCCGGAUCUGGAUGCGCUAUGGAGCAAGAGCGUCCACAGCGAUAAGACGCGCCAAGGUGGGAUCGCGGCAGCGAUUGCAGCCAUGGCAGGCAAUGCGCAGCAGGACGGUGAUGGGUCCGCAGGUCUGCAGGCGAGUCAUUCGAGUGGCAGCACCUCGGGCUUCCUGCCUUCCUCAGGCAAUACGAGUCACGACUUUGAUGGCUUUGGAGACGGCCACGGCAGCGCCCCGUCGGGCGACGAUGGGAUCGAGGAGCAUGAGCGGACCGGAUCCGAGAGCAGUCUGCCGACGCGAUCGGAUCUGGGCGCUGGCAUGCGAUCGCGCAGCGCUUCUGAUCUGACCGCGUCGUCGACGGAAGCAUCCGAGGCUCUGCACCGGGACGAAAAGCAUGGCUCGAGCUUGAUGCCACCGGGCGCGGCGGUCCCAGCCGGCGAUGUCCCCGGAGGUUCCGUCGUACGUACCGUAGAUCAGAAAGCGACGCUGCGCAGCCUCUCGAACGUGCUCCUGGACGUCGAGGACGAAGUCAUCGCCACCGAGCUCACCCGCCUCGAAUGGGCCUACUUUACCGCCAUCCAGCCGCGCGAUCUGCUGCGACACAUCCUGGUCCCCCAUUCGGAACGCUCCGGUCCCGUCGCCCGAUCCAUUUCGCACUUUAACUACAUCUCGAACUGGGUGUGCUCGAUGAUCCUUGCGCAGGGCAAGACGAAGCACCGCGCCCGCAUGCUGGAGAAGUUCUUCAACAUCGCCUCGAUCUUGCGGCACAACAACAACUACGGCUCGCUCAACAGCGUCCUCGCCGGGCUGAGCAAGACGAGCGUGCAUCGUCUGCGGCAGACGAGGGAGCUGCUCAAGGGCAAGAGCGUCAACAAGGCGUAUGCGUCUCUCGUUCGGUUGAUGUCGAACGAGCGGUCUAGUGCGGCGUAUCGGUUGGCGCUAGAGAACUCGGACGGGCCCACGAUCCCGUACGUUGGUGUGCACCUGCAGGACAUCAUCUCGAUCUCGGACGGCAACCCUUCGAAGCGAGCAGAUGGUAUGAUCCACUGGCGCAAGUUUUCGCUCAUGGACGAGGCGGUGAUGGCCGUAGCGAGGUGCCAGCAGUACGACCGGGACAUUCGACCCAACUGGCCUGUGGAGAGGCUGGUGGUCGACGUGCCCGUAUGGGACGACGACGGGCUGUACGAUCGCAGUCUCGAGGUGGAACCGCGGAGCAAGACUGGCGAAGGGGAGAGCGGAAGCAAAGGCAUGAAGGGCUUGAAAGGCUUCCUGAGCGGAGCACCGUAG